CAGCUGUCAAAUCGCAACCCCUUCUCCCCUCCUUCCCGUCGCAGGCUCUGUGUGUUUUUCUGUUUUGUGCAAAACCGCAUCCAAAAUCGAUCGACCGCUCGCCAUCGUGUGUGCCAUCGAAAACAAAUCGUGUUGUAAUUUGUGUGCAUUUCUCCCUCCCUCGAGGUGGCAAAAGUGCAAGACAACUGCAUUCAGCGUGCAACGAUCCCGAUCUGUCCUGUGUGAAUUGUGUGUGUGUGUCUCUCUCUGUGUAUGCCCACACUAAUCAAGCCCCCGCAUCGUUGCUAUCGAAAAGUGAUAAGGCAAGGUGUGUGUGUGCACCAGCCAAUCCCGCGGAGAGGAAUGUUGGUAGUGUGGUGCGCUGAAAAUUGAUAAAAUUAAGCUGACUAACGGCAAACCCGACAUCGCAAUCAAUUUGAAAAGUGAAACCGAGCUCGUUUGAGUGGCUGCAAUUUACAUAAGUCACAGGAAAACGGGGAAUCCAAAGUCCGAACCCGACAACAGAGAGAACAGAACUAAACCUACUCAAAAAAAUGACAAAAUACUAUGAAAGUGAAACCGUGUACAACUACUCCUGGGAGCAGGUCACCCAGGGCUUCUGGAACCGAUACCCGAACCCGUUCAGCUCGCACGUACUCUCCGAGGACACGGUCUGCCGGGAGGUGCGGAAUGGGAAGCUGCACAGCAAGCGGCUCCUCACCAAGACGAACCACGUGCCGAAGUGGGGCGAGCGCUUCUUCAAGGCAAAGUCGGUCAACAUCGUGGAGGAGUCGGUGGUCGAUCCGAACGAGCGAACGCUCGUCACGUACACGCGUAACAUUGGCUUCAACAAAAUAAUGAGUGUGGUGGAAAAGGUGGUCUACAAAUCGCUCCCCGACCAGCCGGGCAAAACCAUUGCCAUCCGGUCGGCGUGGAUCGAUUCGUCCGUGUACGGCUUCGGUACCGCCAUUCGCGCAUUCGGGCUGGAGCGGUUCAAGAAGAAUUGCGCCAAAACGGUGAGCGGCUUCAACUACGUCCUGCAGCACAUGUUCCCGAACAAUCCGGUCGCGCUGGCAGCGGCCGCCGCCGCUGCCGCCAGCCAGGCCUCGAAGGCCCAGAAGCUGCGCGAAGCGGCCAAACACGCGUCGGACCACAUGAAGGCGCAGGCAGAACAUUUGGUACAGAAUCUGUCCGUCAAGGGCUAGGAAGGAGGUGAUACACACGGGGGGAUACCAUGCAGCAAUUUCAACGGUUACGGAGCAGUCCCCCAGGUACACAAGUUUAUCGCCGUAGGUUUGUUUUUAAGUCUUUGGUGUGGGGCCAUUCGGAACCGGGUUUUGUUACCUAAAAAGAGCUGUGGUUAGUGCGUUAGAGAGAGAAGCAGAAAGAGAGCGAGAGGUAGGAAAUAGGAAAAGUUUUUAAAACAGCCGUUUCAAAAGUAGUUAUUCCCAUCUUGGAU